AUGGACCAGAAUCAGGACAACGAGGGUCAGAAUAAUGGCAACAAUGGCGGCAUCAACGGCGGCAAUGUUGGCGGCAACAAGGUCGCCAAAAAGAAAAAGAGAAGCAGGAAAGGCCGGGAUUGCUGUAAUUGCAGAAAGGGUUACUAUGUUGCUGCUGGUGCUUUGACAGAGGGCAUCGAGGAGGCGAUUACAAGCUGCCCUCCCAACAACCAGGCCUUACUGGGUCAACUUCGGAUUCUCCAGAGAAUCAACACUCUUCGCCCCGAUGGCGGCGACCUCACGAGAAGAACCCAGGCCGCGAUCCUCAAUGAUCUUACUGAAGUCCACGAGCCCAUGCCGAGCGACGAAGCCAUCAUCAGUCUCGGAGACCGCUGCCACAACCAUCUGUGGUACUCGGCCUUGAUCCGUCGCAACAUGGUCAUCCCCGCCGAGUGGCAAAGAAAGCCGCACAUUGUGGUACGUCUCAGGAAGCUCAGAGCUGUGUGGGAUGCGGUGAAGAACACGCCCAACCUGCGGAAGCGCUCGGCCGGAACCCAAGUGGCAGCCAAUCAGUCGACUGUCAACCAGCCGGCUGGAGACGAGGAUGGGGAGGAUGAGGAGGAUGAGGAUGAUGAGGAUGAUGAGAACGACCUGGAUGAAGGUCUCCAGCAGCCUCAAAACCAGAGCACUUAUCCUACCACAGUUCCGUGUGUGAACCGGCCCCAGAGCAUGGCCAUGAACGCACUCGCAGGAUAUGCCAUCAACGGCAUGGGACAGGGCUAUGGGCAGAUGCACCCUGACAUCGCCUACGGUUACCAAGACCAGACAAUCUUUAGUAGCAAUCCGACUACUCAGAUUGGGAACGUGGGUUUGCAAGACCCUGUUCGCCACGGUCAUUCCGACGGUCUCGGUCAGAACGGUCUGAAUCGCCAGAUGCAACCGCUCAACCAGCAACUUCGCGCGCGUGGCCCUGACUAUCUGCCUCAGCAGUUCACGAACCCGAAUUUCUUGUCCAACAACUAUGGCUCGUUCAACAACUUCGCUCUCGGCCAAAGCCAGCUCCCUGGCUCCCGCAACGCUGCCUACAGAGGUUUCGACGGAGCUUCAUUGGGUCCUGCUGGCGGAAUCCCCUCUGGAGCAUAUGCUAGCUACGCCUUCCAGCACGCCAUGCCUGACAUGAACAACGCAAACCAUCCGUUGGAUUUGGUGGACUCCAAUUACAUGGGACCCAUGCUCCAUGGCAACUUUCCACGCUGGCGUUCUCCCUUCAGUCAUUCGAACCAGACUUCAUUCCAAACUCGGCCCGAUGCCCUCGGUUACAUUGGCGACUCCACGCACGUUAGUCAUGGCGUCGUUGGCGAAACUGUUUGGAACCGGGUCGUUGCCAGCGCUUUUGGUUCCCAGCUGAAUACGGAGCCGGCUGCCCUUUCGGGAAACGGAAUGACCAACGCAGCCGACAUGGAGACCGGCUCAGGCGGUAACUCGGAAUCUUCUACCGAUGGUACCGACGACGAUGCAAAUACUGCGGAUGCACCAGCUCCUUCUGGUUGCGAUGGAUCCCAAGAUGAUGAAUCCUAUGAUGAUCCGAGUGCUGACAUUUCCGAGAGCGAGGAGGAAUUUUGA